AUGGCAACCACUUCUCUCCUUCGAUAUUCGGCUCGGUCUGACCCUUAUGUUUGCGCAAGAUGCGCUUUCAGAGCCUCUCGAAAUUCAAAUAAAGCGUCGAGAAGAUGGAUUGGAAUGAAAUAUCUAGCGAAAGCGGCAGAUGCGCAAGUGGCGUGGGCCAAGAAUGCUGCGGAAAUCAAGACAGGGAAGAAGAAGAGCAUGCUUUCAAUUCUGGAGGAGCGAGGAUAUGUACAUCAGAUAACUGGUUCGAGAGACGAACUUGAUCGUGCGAUGACGGAAAACCGGCUUGGUGCGUAUGUGGGUGUAGAUCCUACGGCGCCUUCACUUCAUGUUGGCCAUUUACUACCUUUCAUGUCCCUGUUCUGGAUGUACAUACAUGGUUACCACACGGUUUCGUUGGUUGGAGGAGCUACUGCAAAAAUCGGCGACCCGACUGAUCGUUUGACGACACGAGAGAAAAUGAAGAGUACAACGAGGAAUGAAAAUAUAUUGAAGAUGCAUUAUCAAUUGAAAGGCAUAUGGUUGAACGUCGAGGCAUAUGGAAGAAAAUAUGGAUAUCAGUGGGAAUGGGCAUGGAGAAGAGGGCUGGUGAAUAACCAUCACUGGAUGAAUAAAUUGACAGUGAUGGAGUUUCUCCAAAUUCUUGGCCCAGGCAUGAGAAUAGGUGCGAUGAUUGCCAAGGAUACUGUCAAGAAUAAGAUGAAUAAUGGCGAUGGCAUGUCCUAUUCUGAGUUUUCAUAUCCUUUAUUGCAAUCGUGGGAUUGGUGGCAUAUGUACAAUACGAAAGGCAUAACAAUGCAGAUUGGUGGUUCUGAUCAGUACGGCAACAUUACAGCUGGCAUUGAUGCUGUCAAAUAUAUUUUAGCGAAUCAUCCUGAUCCUGUAGUAAAGGAACAACACCGAAAAGCGGUACCACCUCUCGGAUUUACAGUUCCUCUCUUAACCACAUCUUCAGGAGCCAAGUUUGGAAAAAGUGCUGGAAAUGCUCUUUGGCUAGACAAGGAUAUGAUGAGCUCGUUCGAUUUGUAUGCGUACUUUCUUCGCACAUCAGAUCAGGAUGUAGAAAGAUACCUUAAACUUUUCACAUUCAUGCCCAUUGAGCAAAUCAAUAAAAUAAUGGAGGAACACAUGCAGGAGCCUCAUACUCGAAAAGCUCAACAUGCAUUAGCACGAGAUUUUCUAGAGCUGAUUCAUGGACUUCCUGACGCCAAAGCGGCCGAGCUCAAACAUCGACUUCUUUUCAGCAAAUCUAGUACUUCGGCGAAUGCGGAGGAAUUGCAGCGUGAUUUGGAGAGCGUCGAAGGCACACUAACAUCUAGCGAAACAAAAACAGGCAAUAUCAACGCAUCCAACAGACCAAAAUCAGAUCUUAAACUACCACGUUCAUUUGUCAUGACUCGAAGUAUUGCAAGAAUUGUCGUCGCCGCUGGCCUGUGUGCCACAGCUUCCGAAGCUAAUCGUUUGUGCGGUGCCUCCGGACUUUAUGUUGGUGGAUCCAGGCCUUUGGGAUAUGUAGGCAAGGAUGAUGCUUUAGUUUUUACCCCGAUCAAAACAUGGAAAAACUCGGAUACUCAUCACUACAUCAUUGACGGUUCAAUGCUUGUUCUUCGCCGUGGAAAAUCUAACAUCCGAAUCAUCAAAAUCGUUCCAGAUGAAGAAUAUAUUGCAGAAGGUUUAUCAUUCCCUGGAAAUGAGGAUUGGAUUAAACAAAAGAUGCCUAAAAAGCUAAACGAAGAAGGCGAGAUAAUUGAGGAAGAGAAAAAUCCAAAUAUCCUCAGCACUGGGGUAGAUAUAUCAGACAGAGAAGAGAUUAGACGACUGAGAAGGGAAAGAUCGCAUGAGAAAUCACAGCAUAGAUGGCAAGACAGAGAGCCACGACGUCUUGAAAGAAUGCAGCUGCUUCAAGCUGAUCUGAAAGAGACAACCCAACUUUCGUCGGAAAAAAUUGAUCUGGAUAAGUUGGUCAAGAGGGUGAAGUCGGAUGUGUCGGUUGAUAAAGAUCGUUUGGUCAGGAAGAUAGAUUUCGACGAGCGUUCGAAAUGGGAAGAUUCCCAUGAGGAGGAUGAAUUUAAAAAUUAG